CGGGAAGAUCUCUCCCAAUUCUUGCCCAAACCCAUUCUUGUCCAGCGGCUCAACUUCCAACAUCAUUUCACUUCUCUCUCCAUUCUUCUCCUCUCCGAUCAUCUGGUUGAUCAGGGAUUAGAGUAUCUACCCAGCGGGGAGGACCAUCUCCCAUCUACCAUUCCAGCUCAUCAGCCCUAUCUCCUCCUAGAUUCUUCAUCCCCAAAUCCUACCCUAUUCCCUCCUCUCAGAUCUGUUUUCUUCGUUGAUCUUGGUUUUCUUUUUGCGGUUUAAGAUUGCUACGCGAAAUACAAUGCACUGAUUACUUUCCCCAAGGACUCCAGUCUUUUGUUUUUGUUUUACAAUGAAUACUCCAGAUAUUAUUGACUUAUCAAGUGAUGAGGAAACUGAAGCGCUUUGUGUGAAAGAUAUUAAGCCUCAUUUAUUGUCUGUAAUUGGCUGUGAAACAACUAAUGAGAAGAAUGAUGUCCCACAAGGCUCAUGUGGAAUCAAACAGGAGAAGUUAUAUAGUGAGGAGUUGCUCCAUACAUCUUCCGCUCAUAAUGACUGUUCUCUGCCAUUCCGGCAGUUUUGGAGAUCAGGAGAAUAUGAAACUGGAAAAGAUCUUGGACCAUCAUCCCUAAAUAGUCAAAAUCGUCUUUUAAUCCACCCCAAAUUUCUUCAUUCAAAUGCGACUUCACAUAAGUGGGCCUUUGGUGCUAUUGCUGAACUGCUUGAUAAUGCCAUUGAUGAAGUGAAAACUGGGGCUACCUCUGUCAUUGUUGAUAAAUUCACUGAUCCCCGCAAUGGAACUCCUGCUCUAUUAAUACAAGAUGAUGGCGGUGGAAUGGAUCCAGAAUCCUUGCGUCGUUGCAUGAGUUUUGGAUUUUCUGAUAAGCUAUCAGACUCGUCUAUUGGCCAGUAUGGAAAUGGUUUCAAGACAAGCACUAUGCGACUCGGUGCAGAUGUACUUGUUUUCAGCCGCUGCGUGUCUAAAGGGAGAGUAACUCAAAGCAUCGGGCUCCUUUCUUAUACCUUUCUGAGGAAAACAGGGUGUGAUGAUAUAAUUGUACCUGUGGUAGAUUAUGAAUUCAAUUCAUCAACUGGUAAAUUCGAGAGGCUACUUCGACAUGGCCAGAAACAUUUCCCGGCUAAUUUGUCUGCAAUUCUGAAGUGGUCAAUGUUUACUGUUGAAGAUGAUCUGUUAAACCAAUUUAAUGACAUAGGACCCCGUGGUUCAAAAAUCAUUAUAUUCAAUCUGUGGUUUAAUGAUGAUGGGAAUAUGGAGCUUGAUUUUGAAACAGAUCCAGAGGAUAUUUUGAUUAGUGGAUCACAUAAGAUAGUGAAGACAAAUGACUCAACAAAGAAUCUGAAACAAAAGCAUGUUGCAAACCGUCUUCGUUACUCUUUUCGAGUUUAUUCAUCUGUUUUAUACCUUCAUAUGCCAAUGAAUUUUAAAAUAGUUUUGCGUGGGAGAGUUGUUGAUCCACAUUCUGUAGUCAGUGAUCUUAAGUAUGUUGAAUGCAUCAAGUAUAAACCUCAAGUUGACGGCAUUACAGAGUCUGAAGUAGUCACUUUUAUUGGAUUUCUUGAGGAUGCUCCAAACAUUGAUGUUCAUGGAUUCAGUGUAUAUCACAAGAAUCGACUUAUACUGCCAUUUUGGAAAGUUGCUAACAACUCAUAUGGUAAAGGCAGAGGUGUUGUUGGUGUGCUUGAGGCAAAUUUUAUCAAACCUACCCAUGAUAAGCAAGAUUUUGAGAAGUCAAACCUUUAUCAGAAGCUGGAAACUCGCUUGAAAGAGAUGACAUAUGAGUACUGGGACUAUCAUUGCCAUCUGGUUGGUUACACAAAAAGUAAAGCACCUGUUUCAACAAGUAACACUGCUUCUCGAUCUUCUCAAAUGUCUCAUUUGAAAUCUCCAAUCGGUGCAACAAAGCUAAAGAUCAAAAGUGCUGCAGCAUCUCAGUCCCUCAGAUCAACAGAAGAGCCUUUAGGCACUGCUGCCCAGUUUCCAGCAGAUGAGGUCUUCAGUGAUUCCAGUCGCUCAGGAUCAGCAUUACCAGAAAAAAGGCGAUACCAAGGGCAUAGUGGUACAGCAGUGCAAUUGAAAAAGCCAGCCAUUAUGGCUAAGUUUGCAGAUAGUAAUGGAAGAAAUUCUGUUAUGCAGGCACAAGAGCAGCAGAUGCUAACUGUGAUGGCAGAAAAUAAAAGCUUACUCACAGAGUGCCAUAAAUAUGAAGAAGCUGAGAAGCAGCUUGUACUCAAGGUAAGCUUCAGAUGAAUGUUACACCCAUCA